ACUAUCGGAAUGGAAGCCAUGUUAGGGCAGUCUAGACGAGGUGUAAAUCCAAGAUCAGGACAGGUGACAGUACAGACACAACCUCCAUUAGCUGAACAGGAAACAAAUACAACAUCAGCUACACAUCCUCAAGUUUUCUUAGAGAAGGCAGAAUGUGUGCGUUCCUUCAGUACUAAACUGAAAGAUGAUAGAGACAUAUUCAUAACUGGGUUAGCCAUAGAUAAGGAACACAUGUUUGUUGUGGAUAAUGGAAACAACAGAACAAAAGUAUUCACACAUGAAGGACAAUUUAAGUUUGACAUUAAAGUAAACAAACCAUGUGAUGUGGCUGUGUCACAGACUGGUCACCUGUAUAUAACAUCACCAGGUGACAGAUGUGUCCAAGUGUACUCCACCAGAGGUCAGCAGGUGACAACCAUGGGUCAGGGUCUACUGGAGUGGCCACUGGGUAUUACACUGAACAGACAAGGUCAUGUGAUGGUUUGUGACAGAGGAAAGAAGUCCAUCUUCACAUUCCAUGCAGACAGUGGACAGCUCCUGAACACUAUUCCACUCAGUAUGUGUAGAGGCCCGGUGUUCAUCACAGUGAACAGUGUGAAUGAUAACAUUGUGAUAUCAGACUGGGGACGCUGUGUACAUGUGCUGUCACCUACUGGUGAUCAUCUGUACCAGUAUGACGGCAGCAGAGAAGGCAGUGAACUGUGGUAUCCACGUGGAGUGUGCACAGACAGCUAUGGUCACAUCUUCAUUGCUGACACUGGUAACGACAGGAUAGUGGCACUGAGUCCACAGGGACAGUUUAUCAGAUACAUUGUCACUGAGGAUGAUGGGUUGAAGUCUCCCAGUGCAGUAGUCAUCAACCCUGCUACUGGUCAACUGGUGGUGGGAGAGUUUUACGGCAAUGUUAAGACAUUCCAGUACAUUGACCUGAAACAAGGUGAGUUUAAUGAACGGCUUCGCCGAUUGUGUGAAAGUGGUAAGAUUCCAGUAUACCGACAGCGAGUAGCUAUUGUUGGACCUUACGGUGUGGGGAAGACUUAUCUUGCCAAGCGCCUCAUCCAUGAGGAAUAUAUCAAAGAAGAAGAUGCAAAUACAACUGGCGUGAAUAUAUACCGCCAUAGGUGUGUUGUCCAUAAAGCUGGCCGAUCCUGUUGGAUCAGAGGAAAAGAUGAUCCAAAAGACCAGUUUGCACAAAACAUGGCAAUUGGAGUACAGAAUUCAGAUACGUUUUGUGAGCCGGACUUAACAGUAUUGGACCAAACGCCACUAGAGGAAUCCCCACCAGAUUCAGAAGAGAAUAUUAAUAACAUGCUGACAAAUAGAGCCGCUUCCCCUGAUGACAGUGAAUCACCUGCCUCUCCUGACAAAGCAGCAGGUAAGUAGUUCACAUGUAGUAAA